AUGCCUGCCUACGCGUCGCUGAAGAGAGGCGCGUCUGGAUACGUCGGCGUUGGCUCAAGCAGCCCUGCGGUUUCUGGAACCGACUCUAGGCGUGCUGCGGCCCUCAUAUACGUGGGAUACACGGUGAACGGUUUCGGCUAUUGCUUCUUCGCGACCCUGGUGUUCGAUUCGUUCACGUGGCUACUGGACAGAUCGGAGGCUGCGGGACUAUUCCGGCUCCAUGGCACGCAGCGCCACAUCGUCGAGGCCAUUUCGACCGGAGUCGUGUCGUUCGUGUGGACCCGGUUUCUGACACAGCGUUUCGAUGGCGACGUGUUCAGCCACGUGCUCUACUGGCGUUAUCGGUUGAUAAACACCUGGGAGAUGUUAUCUCGUUCCCUGGGGGGGCUGAGCGCCGGAAUCUUGUUUGGCUUGUUUUACAUGCGGCUGUAUCAUUCGGGGGUUGCCGAACUGAACUCGAGCAGCGAUGGCUUCGCCGUGCCGUCGUUCGCCGACUGCCCCGAUUGCAAAACCUUUUCCGAGAUAAUCGCAAGAAGUUUACCUAAAGCCGCAGAUGGAUUGGGUAUAUUGCGCAGUGUCGUAGUUGCGCACCUUCCAACCACCCUCGCAUCGGUGGACCUGCUGCAACGUAUCACCGCCGCCCUCGCCCGUGUGGCCUGGGUGCUGGAGCAGUUCAUCUUUGAGUUUUGCUUUUGCACGGCCAUGUACUUGGUGCUGUCGGUGACGCUGGUCGCCGAUCACGUGGUGGACUGCUUUGCGUUGUACAUUGUGUACAAGCGUCUGGUGUCCUUUACCGCCAACACUUACCUGCGUGACAUCGGAGGGAGCAUCUGUUUGGACGCCUCCGUCUCCGUGCGGCGAUUCGUGGCAGACCGUAACACUCCGCUGCUGUGUUCUCGCCUGUUGGCCAAUUUCGUGGCUGUAUUCGCCGCGGAGCGUUUCUUCAACCCGAUGCAACGCCUGCGGCACUGCGACUUCGCCGAAAUAUACGGCAACGUGUCCGACUCGAAGAAGCGGGCAAUGUUGCCGAAUGAUGGUGUCACUGAGUACGUCAGCGCAGGCGCGGUGUCGUACUCCGAUGUGGGAUUUACACCGCUCCCGGAUACGUACCUUGGGCGCUGUCUCGAGAGGUUCGCCAUGCGCCCCGCCAAGUGCAAAGAACAGUGA